AUGGCGGCUGCAGCUGCGCGUGCGCAGGACACGAGUAUGCUCCCGACCUUCGGGAAGGGAGACCCGAUGGCUCUCAUUGCCCACGCGAGGGCCUUGAGGAAGCAGUUCAAGGAACAGUUCUCAUUAAACACACUACGCGAAAGAUCGAAUCGUACUUUUUUCUUUGUGGAUUUUUUUAUUUUUGGAUCAUUUUGCUUUUUGUGGAUGUGGUACAUUUUUGAGACGUACAGAACAAGCGUACUUUUUGUGGAUGUGGUUCGUUUAAUACGUACAGAACAAGCGUAAAUACUUGUUCACUUUCUACAUAUUUUUUAGGAAUAACAGUGAUGAUGUGACGCUGGAUGAUCAUAGGAGUGAUAUUGACAGCAACGAGAACGUUCUUUGGCAACAAACGGUGAUGAUGAUGAUGAUGAAAGAUAAUGAUGAUUGUGCCUAUCGCUAUCCUAGAGGUGUUUGUUGUUUUUGUUGUUUAUCCCUCUCUUCCCCACAUUAAAGGGAAGAACUCCUCUCCUAGGUAUCGAUAAAGGCGACUUAGAAUCCUCCCGUGAGCGCAUGAAAUUAUGGAACACCGGAAAGCUAAUUCUGGACAGACCCUACUGGCCACCAAGCGAUCCACCAUAUGGAAAAGUGACGAAGCAGAAGGAGUUCUUCUGGGCUUUCCUGGCAGAACAGGGAAAUUCUCACAGACGAGAUCUCUUUCCUGGGAGACUUAUGACACGAUUGAGGGAGGACUAGGACAUGAUUUCUGAGGCUGUUGUAUUCGAACGAAUUAUAAUCGACGAUGUAAUAUGAAACGAAAAUCUGUUAUCAUUAUCAAGUUUCUUAAGUAGAAAAGUACGAUAAUGAUAACAGAUUUUGGCUUCAUAUGUAAGUAAUCGAAGUCGAUGUAAGUAGUUGUUGUAGUUGUAGCUCUGGGUCUAGCUGAUGAAGACUCAUGCUAUAAUGAUAGAAAAUUGCGAAACAUUUGAAGAUGAAAUUGAAGUCUACUCGGACUCUUAGUUGUACCAGUAGGAGAAGGUUUCUUGGCGCAUUUUUCUCGGAUGCCCUUCUUCUAAUACCAGUCAUGCCAAUGACGAAUUUGAUGAUAGCGACAAGGCCCCAGUGGAGACGGACGCUGACAUAGCCAAGAAGCGGAAAAAGUAUGACUUUUCCAAGGUUGACGCUUUUUUUGCUAUGGAGAAAUCCGUGCUGACCUACGAACAACUACAUCAAUUCAUGUCCCACGAUCUGCAUGCUGGAGACCGGGUUGAAGCGGUGAAGGAAAUCAUGUAUCCGAAUGAAGGACUGGUGAUACCAGUUGGACGUUGCGGAACCAUUACGAAGGUAUAAUAAAUAGAGUAGUUUAUAGAACGGAUGUAGGAUGGACUUGGAUGGAUCGGAUGGACCCGCCUGAUUCUUCCGAUCCUACCUGAAAUGGUGGGAAGUCCAUCCGAUCCAUCCAAGUUUUUAAAUGUACUUAGCUCUAUUCCACGUGGAAGAUUUGUUUUAUCUAUACACAGGAGCAGCUUCGACGUCGUUUCUGAAGGCAGUCGUCGUUUAAGUUGCUUGCGCAGAUUUUUAGAUGAAACACAGGUAGACACAUCUGCUUAAUCUUAUGAUCCAUUCUCCAUAUCCGGAUCCCACCUCCAGGUCAAACUAGAUCAACGAGAGGAUUUUGCUGCUGUCGAGUGGGACCAUACUGGCGGAACUCGCGCGAUCGAUAUGAAGUCCCAUUACUACAUGAAGAAACCCCUUGAGGUGGUUUUCGGUUUUGCAGAGGCGCCAUCUACUAUCCAGUUAAGGCUAGUUAGUAGUAGUAGGUAGUAGUAGGUAGCAGUAGGUAGUAGGAGUAGUAGCAGUAGUAGUAGUAGCGCAGUAGACCGGUGGACCCUCGUCAGUAUAGUCAAUUUGCCCUGGAGUCUUUUCGUAGCCGACAGGAUGCUUAGACGGAUGCCAAGGACGUUUAGCCGAGAACUACAGGACGCCAAGGGCAAGAAUAUUUAGAUUUUAGAAGGAUGCCGCAUCGCUAGCUCUAAUCCAGUGGCCCACGUCAGACGCAAUGCAGGACUUCAAGCCAAUUGACUGUACUUGGCGAUACCGACCGAAGGCCGAACAAGGUGCUUCGAUUGGACAUCCAGAAAGUGAAUCUCUGAGGUUGCGGCAAGGUUUCAAGAGCAACACGUUUGCCUUGGAGAGUUCCACCUGUCCAAAAAUGAUGCUGGCGCUGGUGAAAUGUGCAACUGCUGGCGCAGGUGGCGUCAAGGAUCCCAGAAGGUUGAUGCUAGUAGACUACACCGAGAAGGAGUCAGUGGAUCGAGCAUGUUGUUUUAAGCCGAAACGCGUAGCCGAGAGGACGAUAAGAUUGGAAUGCCUAUGGCCGCAGGGAUUCCGAAACGGAAUAAUUGCUUACUUAGUUGUCCAGAUAGAGAUAAGUCAAAUGACUAAUAUUAUGUAUACAACUAUCGCCCCUUCCCAUUUCUCUUGAACAACAAGAAGUCGCAUCGAUUUCAAUGGGUAAAAAGUGAGUUCAUCUUCAUCCUUUCUCAAGAAGGACACCUCCUCCAUCACGACCCAAUGUUUCUUUCAUACCCCUGUGCGGAGCGGAACAUUUUUCUGAUGUUGAAGCUGCCAAAUGAUCCGCGCGUCUCGAACCCGUUUGUGCAUACACACGUCUACUCUUCGGAUCCGUUAUUUAAAAAGAAUUCUCAAUUCUGCAUCUGCCUGACGCAUAAGGAGGUACUUAAGUAAAACAUCAACCGGCUUCUAGUAGCUUUCAUCCCUCGAAUAUUCUUAGGCUUAUUCCUUCAAGCAAACUUACUAUCUUCUAGGCAUUAUUUUAGGAAUCUUCUACUUGCUGAACUCUCCCUCUCCUCUUGCUGAACUUACCACUGUCAAAACACUCCAACAUUACUAUUUCUUAGGCAUUAUUUUAGGAUCUGCUAGGCUUCUUUCUCCUUCUUCUACUUGGGACUCGAUCAUUUCUACAUCAGAAUAACUAAGUACUUUUUAGUUAGUACAACAAUUGAGCAAAAUGAUCUAGUACAUCAUGAUCAUGAUCAUCAUCAUCAUCAUCAUCAUCAUCAUCAUCAACGUUUUUCAUCUAUAAUGUCUUCUUUUCACAACAUCGCGUCGACCAUAGGUUCCAAAGUACGCCAAAACCAAGUUCGAUGUGGUCCGCUUAAACCCUCUAUGGGUGAUGCAACUGGAGAAAGCACAGGGUGGGAACAACAACGAACGAGUCACUCUAGUCGACGUUUCGAUUGUAGGAGAGUCUGCAGUUGGCGUGCAUUGGGUGCCUGACGUGGGAAAGGUUCGGCUUUGGUAUCAGUUUAGGUCAGCGAAAGACCCGAAUCUGAUGAGUCAGUGGGUGGUGGCGUCAGAGUCUGCGGGUGGACCUGGGAAGCUGUGUGCCACAGUGCUGGAUACGAGGAUCACGAAUGGUACUACCAUGAACACUGAUCUUGAUGUUGAAGAACCAUGAUGUUCGAUCAUGUCAUAUUAUAUAUAAGUAAGUAGUUACAUCGUUGCAAUUAAGGAUAAUACUCAGGUUACGAAGAGGAUUGGGACAAGGUGCGUGUGGUUGUCGCCCCUUUGGCUCGCAUGCACCGGUUCAAGGACAUACUGUUAUGAUUGGAAUUAUUUAUAUCUACUCUGACAAUUCAUUGGAGGUAUUUUCGACGACCGCUUUGCCAAGGUCGAGGAUUGCGUGACAACAGAUACAGACUGACAUCAAAAUCACGAUAACACGCAAAAAGUCCUACUGCACUACCCGUCUGCCUUCCCCCUUCUAAUCCUUUCUGGGAAUUUCUACAAAGCCAAUGCUCAGGCUAGUGCGUGGAUCAACUUGCCUGAUAGUGCAGUGUGGAAAAGACCAAUCGCUGUGGUCAGAAAAGACUUCUGGGAGUCUUCGGAUGAGGAGGAUGUUGGAGCAGAUAUGCAUGUUGGUGCAGCAGCAAAGGCAGAGGCGAUGCUAUGGCUCACUCGAUAACUCAUCUUGUUUAGCUUUACUUUCAUUGUUCAUAAAUAGAUCAACAUUCAUUGAUAGAUUAGGUGUCUUACUUCCUUUCGUUCUUGAAAUGAUUCUGAGACUAUGAUGUAUCGCCUGAUGGAUGGAGUCAAUUUGUAUUGCCUCAUGUUCCUUGAUGGAAUCAAUAUGUAUCACACUCAAUUAUACCCCCUCUAAGAUUAUUGGCUGCUAUGGCUUCCGGCGCCACCAGUCCAGACGGGACUGCUAGUCCUGGCGCUCUUGGCUCUACCUCUGUCGUCGUGCAACCAGAAGCGUCUGUAGAUACACCUCCUCCAGGUAUGGAGGGUCUUUCGAGGCCAGCAAGUAGAGGAAUGACUAUUCCGAUAGCGAUUACAAAUUCGGCUGGAGAUACUAGAGAUUCGCAGAUCGGGAAGAGUCCGGGAGGGUUGCAAUAGAAAGGGAGACUUCAUACCUGCACUUGCUUUGCUUAUCGUCUAAAUCUAAUGUACUAGCUGCUGUCAUAGUAAGUGGUCAUAUCAACACCCAUGAUUCCAUCGGUUGUUCCGCUUAUAUAUUAUAGUUUCCAUCAACAAAUCUUGAUCUUCAUCUAUUUGGUACACGAUCGAUCUCCUGUAUCUUCAUUGAGUACUCACAUGAACCUCGUACUCGUAGUACUAGCCUCAUUCCAUUUACUCUUAGAAAUAUGUCAUGGUCCUAUGUCAUGACUUUCCUUAUUCCCCAAAAUAGUAAACCACUGUAAAUGCUGUGCUGUAGACCUGAAAAUGUAGUUCCAUAGAGGCAAUGAAUAUGAAUGCCCAUUUGUAGAUAAUUCCCACAUUAUAUGCUUCUCACGAAGGGCCGUCGAUAGGCAAGAGAGUGACGGAGAG